AUGCCCCGCGCCGAAGUUGGAACCCCCAAAUAUGUGGCCAACAAGAUGAAGUCAAAAGGCUUGCAGCGCCUGCGAUGGUACUGCCAAGUCUGCGAGAAGCAAUGUCGGGACGAGAAUGGUUUCAAAUGUCAUGCGCAAUCCGAAUCCCACCUGCGCCAAAUGCUCGUCGUUGGCGAAAAUGCGGGCAGACACAUCAAUAAUUUCUCGCAAGAGUUCCAGUCGGAGUUUGUUCGUCUCCUCUCACGUCGCUUUGGAACCAAACGCGUUCGAGCAAAUCAGGUGUAUCAGGAGUAUAUUUCAGAUAAAAACCAUCUACACAUGAACGCAACCCGUUGGGUCACUCUCACCGAGUUUAUCAAGCACCUUGGGCGGGCGGGUAUCGCAAGAGUUGAUGAAACGGAGAAAGGAUGGUUCAUUGCAUGGGUAGACAACAGCCCAAAGGCCUUGGCUAAGCAGGAGGCUUCGCUGAAGAAAGACCGGGCAGCCAUGUCUGAUGAGCAGCGAGAGCGCAUUCUCAUUGCGGAGCAAAUCACCCGAGCCAAAGCAGAAGAGACGGAAACUGCUGGCCCAUCGACGGCUUCCUCCUCUUCUUCUACAACCCCCGUUGAAGACAAAGAAUUGAAGCGUGACGAAGGCGAAAAACUUGUGCUUUCGUUUUCGGCCAAAGCGGCACCCGCACCUGUAGCUGUUGCUCCAACGCUUUCGUUCAAGGCAAAUCCCCUGAAAGCCAACCCGCUGAAGCCGAAUCCGUUGAAACGACCCAACGUAUUCAAAGCCGGAACAACUCCGUCGGAGAGCAGUAAUGACAAGAAGCGGCCAGCAGGUCUUUCAGUGGCCGAACAACUCAUUUUGGAGGACCAGGAGCGGAAACGACGCAGACUCGAGUAG